UUCUUGAAAAAUGAGGUUGUCAAAUCAAACAUCCACAUCCCGGCAGACUUUACCAGUGAGAGAAUACAUCUUCCACGAGAUGUUCUGGAUUUAGAGGUAAGAUGCUUGCUCUCACAGUUGGUCACUAGUUUAUUUCCCAGCCGUGUCAUCAUUAGUUUGAUUUAACUUGUUUAUACCAAGUUAGGCCAAUGAUUACCAUUAAAUACAAUAAACUCAUUUUGCGAUCCCCUUUUCUACAUGUAUGUUAAAGUCUAGCUUGAUUAGUGUUAUGAUAUGGGGGGAAGGUUAGUGUUAGGACAUAGACAAACACACUACCAGGAUGCACUUCCACACUCCAUCCCCAGGUGGCAGCACCAACCGGGUCAAGGGCUGUACUCUGUCAGGAAGCACAACAGGUGGCGCCAAUCAGGUUGAUUGGCAAUGCAUGACCAGAGGCCUCAUGGCUUGUUUGGAGUUGUUUUGUGUUGGUUAACCUCUUUAGUUUAGGCAUUCCUCUUUGUAGUUUUCUUUUUGUAUAUAUUUAUUUAUUUGAACGAAUACUAAUCUGCUUGGACUGGCCGAUGAUGGGAGUCAUGACUGAACUGGCCCUGGACCUGUGGUAAGGUGGCUGUCUUCCGGGUACUGAACACCUGGUCGCAUAUGCUUACAUCUCACAUUUAUGCACACAUCCAAUCAAGCUACAGACUAUGUAGCUAGGCCUAAGACCCCUAGACAUAACGAGUGCAGCAAACCCAGUAGGCUAGUUAUCGGUUUUUGUAAAAAGGUGUUUGAUGUUAAUCUAACUUGUUUAUACCAAUUUAGUCCAACUACUAUCAUUUAAUACAAUAAACUCAUUUUGGGAUCCCCUUUUCUUCAUGUAUGUUACAGUCUAGCUUUGAUAAACUGGAGAAGGAGCUGAAGGAGAUCAACUCAAACCGAGACACCCUCAGGCAGAACUUCACUCAACUAAUGGAGAUCAACCAUCUCCUGCAGAUGACUGAUGACUUUUUUGAGGAGGUAAAUAGCGGACUGCAUUUGACUUAUGUCCUCCUAACAAAUAAUGGGAUGGCAAGACGGAAAGAUAAGAAUGUCAUAAAGAAUGAUAGCAUAAACAGUCCUGUUUCUUAUGUUGUGCCUAUAGGCUGAGUCCCAGCUUUCCAUCUCUGAGCUUCCUUCUGAAGACUCGGUGUACUCUUCCAGGAUGACAAGCCGACGCACCAGUUACACCAGCACCAAUGGACCCCUGAAACUUGGGUGAAUUAUUAGCCUUAUUUUACUAGUCAGGCUAACCACACACAAAAAACCCCACUGGAAUUGGUUUAAAGUAGGAGCCACCACCAUUUUCAGGUUGCUAUCUGGUUGUAGAGACGUCAGAUAACCAGAUGAAGUAACAACGUAUUUUUGCCAACUGGGUAGCAUGAUGCCUUCCUCUUGUAUCCCCAUGGCAGAUUUGUAGCAGGAGUCAUCAAACAUGAACGUUUCCCUGCCUUCGAAAAGAUCCUGUGGCGACUGUUUCAUGGAAACUUUGUCCUCCGCCAUGCUGAAAUCAAGCCCCAUGAGGAGGAGAACAUGGCUGUAAGGGAAAAGUUCACUAAUAAGCACAUGUUCAAACAUAAUUAUCUCCUCUAUUUUGAGGCAAACAACCAUAAAAGGUUGUUCAAUAGCUUAUAAUGGCAGAUGCGUGUUGAGUAAACAAACAUUGUUUUAUGCUCACAGGAGGAUCUAGAGAAGAAGGACGUGUUCGUAAUAUUUGUCCAAGGAGACCAGGUCAGAGGAAAGAUCAGAAAGUUAUGUGAUGGGUGAGUGAAAGAUCCCUUGAGUAUGUCAAAAGCCUUGAAAAUAAGUAAAUUAACCAAAAAAUAUAAAUAUUAUGUUCUACUUCAGGUUUCAUGCCAGCAUGUAUCCAUGUCCCAACAAUGCGUACGCAAGAAAGGAGAUGAGAACAAACGCCAACACACGCAUUGAAGACCUUCGAUUGGUAAAAGUCCAUUAUUGAACCCUUUGGCAAUGAAGCUGCAUAACUUUGAUCAGCUUUCAUCAGUCUUGGAUAUGCAUCUUAAUACAUACAUUACAUAUCAGUAGUGUGUCAGGACUUUCGCUAUCCUGCCUUAAUUAGUCGUAAUGUAAUGUCACAGAUGGAAGGAGAACAAUAUUUUACGUAAGAGGGAUGGAAGAAAACAGAAUACUUUCCUUUCUUUCUGGUCAUUAAACUUCUGUCAGGUCCUGAAGAGGACCGAGGAGUUCCGUGCGACUGCCCUGAAUGCAGCAGCAGCCGACCUCCAGGAGUGGACCACUAAAGUCAAGAAGAUGAAGGCCAUCUAUUACACACUGAACCUGUGUAACAUAGACAUCACACAGAAGCUGAUUGUUGCUGAGAUUUGGUGUCCAGUGUCUGACUUAAACUCUGUGCACACUGCACUGAUAAAGGGAUCAGUAAGUAUCCCGAACUUGCUUUAAUUACUAAGCAUUCAGGGUGUAAGCACAGAUUUUUGUAAAUGGAAUGUGUGUGUAUAUUUCUUGUGUGUGUGUCUGUGCUCUUUUAACAUUAGGAGCAGAGCGGCUCCAGUCUUAGCCCCGUCGUGAACAGAAUCCAAACCAAGCAGACACCCCCAACCUUCAACAGGGUUAACUCCUUUACCUCAGGUUUCCAGAGCAUCGUUGAUGCCUAUGGGGUCGGCAACUAUCAGGAAAUAAACCCAGGUAACAACACCACUAUCUCCUGUGUGCGCUUGAUUUACAUUGGAGUUUGCACUUUGGGGACUUCCAUUUGAUCACCCUGUUGCAGGAGAACCUGCAAUGCAAGAAAUGUAAAACUUGUAGUGUAUUUGAGAUUUAAAAUGCUUCUGAAGUUUGUAAUUUCCGGUAGAAAUUUCAGACUUUAUUUUCCUUUAUGAAAAAUGUAUCUACCUCUACAAACAUUUUAAUUCAUUAUAAUCCACAUAAUAAUUCACAUUUCCUGUUACUGCAGGAUUAUUUUCCUGCUGUAGCAAACUGGCUCAAAUUAAGAUCCUACAUCUGUAUUUGAAAGUAUUUGACAUAAUGUGACUGACCCAGAUCUUAUUAGCUUAUGUUUUCCUUUUUUUUGCUGUUACUAAUAUUGUAAAUAAAAGAGAAGUCCUUCCAAAGUCGUUUUGGCAGAGCACAACUGUUGAUUUCAUGUUUGAAUGUGAUGUCUUUCAGCUCCGUACACCAUGGUGACAUUCCCUUUCCUGUUUGCGGUCAUGUUUGGAGACUGUGGUCACGGUCUCGUCAUGACUCUGCUCGCUCUAUGGUUGAUCCUACACCAAGAACACUUCAGGAAGCUGAAGAACGAGGUAUGAAGAGCGCUCUGUCUGAGCCCUGAGGAUUAAUAGUAUUGAUGUCCGUCACUUGUGGUGUUUAAGUGCCACAGGUGAAAAGUCAACUUUAGAAUAUUUUAUUAUCAGGAAACCAUAGUUUUAGUGGAUUUAAAAAAUAUAUAUAUUUAUUUUUAAAUGUGUUACAACUACACUAACAUUGAAAGACAAUGUGGUGCAUUGUUUUGACUGUAACGUUAGUUACUCGUCCCUGCAGCUGAUUGACAUGCUGGUGGGAGGACGCUACAUUAUCUUCCUGAUGGGCCUCUUCUCCAUAUACACUGGCCUCAUCUACAACGACUGCUUCUCCAAGUCCUUCAACCUCUUUGGAUCCUCGUGGAGCGUCAGACCCAUGUUCCAUCCACACGGACCGUGGACGUGCGUUUGCUCCUUUAUUAAAGCAGGAAAUAGAGUAGGUAGCUUAGUGGUUAAGAGCGUUGUGCCAGUAACCGAAAGGUCGCUGGUUCUAAUCCCCGAGCCGACUAGGUGAAGAAAAAAAAAAUCUGUCGAUGUGCCCUUGAGCAAGGCAUUUAACCCUAAUUGCUCCUGUAAGUCGCUCUGGAUAAGAGCGUCUGCUAAAUGACGUAAAUGUAAUAAAGCGGUAAUAGAAUUAGUUAGUUGGAAUAAGAAUGUAAAUUGUAUGUUUGUUUUUGUGCUUUCUCCCCAGUAAUGAGACGUUGCAUGACUCUGGCCAUCUUCAUCUGGACCCCCUGGUGUCUGGAGUCUACUCUGGCAAUCCCUACCCAUUCGGUGUUGACCCGGUUAGUGUGUGCAAACUCUUCUAACCAUCUAACCCCACAUAGAUUUGAGGUCAAAGGGCAAAGGGUCAAAUACUUUUCUCUCUAUUUGCUGUUGUGAUAAAAGUGAAUAGCAUUGUUUUCAUCGUCAUUAUUUUACUGUCCAUGGACCAUUUUUUGUGUCAUGUCAUGAGUAGCGCUUUUCUCUGCUACUCCAUAAGGUAGGCUUUCCUUCAGUGUAUUUUAUUCUGGGUUUUGUUUCUUUCUUUCGUGUGUUUUGUUUUUAUUGUGUAUUAUAAAUGCUUGAGUACUAAGUUCUUAACCAGCUGGGUCGCUGUUAUUGAACUUUUAUUAAGAAUGAUCUUAUAUACGAUGUAACCUGAUCAGACUUUCUCUAUUUCAAACUGAUGUCUGAUACAGAUUUGGAAUAUUGCAUCGAAUAAGCUGUCGUUCCUGAACUCUUACAAGAUGAAGAUGUCUGUUAUAAUGGGAGUGGCCCACAUGCUCUUUGGAGUCACUCUGAGUCUGGUGAACUACAUGUAAGUAAAGUGCUUUCCAGACAGGAAGCGAAACUCGCCAAGUUUGCCAAAAUAGAGCAGAUUCCUAUUUUCUCCGCCUCCGCCAGGCGGCUUUCACGUUCAUAAGCACCGCCGACUGCUCCACCUGGAUAGAAUUCCCCCCCCCCCCCCCCCCCCACCUAGCUCCUUUGAAAGUGAAUGGGAAACUCUGUCACCGCUUCCUGUCUGGCAAGUCCUUAAUACUGACACAGAGGCAGUAGUAUCACUGUGAUAAUUACAUGUAAGAGUAACAGGGUAAUAAAGCAAAGUACAUGUAUUUUUCCAGGAGAACUACAGCACUUACUAAAACACUGUGUACAGUACUGUUUAUGAUAAACCAAUACACUGUCACUUAAAAUGUAGUGCCAAGUUAUUGCCUCCAACAGAAGACUUCCAUCAUCUGUAUCGUUUCAUUGCAGAUUCUUCAGAAACCUAAAGGACAUCGCGUUGCAGUUCAUUCCAGAGGUGAUUUUCAUGCUGUCUCUGUUUGGGUACCUGAUCUUCCUCAUUCUCUACAAGUGGUGUGUGGCGAUAAAGUCUGAAUCUGCUCCUAGCAUCCUGCUCCUCUUCAUCAACAUGAUACUCUUUGACUACGGCUCUGAGGGUGCUGUGCUUUACACAACACAGGUACAAUGGGUUUCUUCAACCUAAAAUAUCAUGGGUUCAUAAAAUAUCAUUUGUGGGUUCAUUUCCCGGAUUGGAACACAGACACAUACUCAAAAUGUAUGCAUUCACAGUACUUUAAGUGGUUUUGGAUAGAAGACUCUGCUAAGUGACAUAAUGUAAUUGUGUUUUUCAUCCAAGGAAACCACAUAAAUAGUUUCCAUGUAAUGUAUGCAUUUGUACACAAUAGAGGAUAGUCUCCUAUGUCCAGAUGCAACCGAAACCUCGAUAUGCAUUCAGUUCUAAGCGAAAACGGUCAUUUUCUCAUGUUUUAUUUUUAUCAUACAGAAACCUGUGCAAAUAUUUCUGGUGGUUGUUGCUGUGCUUAUGGUGCCUUGGCUACUGUUUGCCAAGACCCUGCUCUUGUAUAGAGAACACAAGCAAUCAAAGCUGGUAAGUAAACUAGACUAGAAUCAUGCAUUAUAAGUAGACGUUGGUAAAGCAAAAGUAUUGGAUUGACAAGGCAGUUUGUUCAUGUCAAUGUGUACUCUGUAAGUAGACUGUACUUGCCUAUAUAACUGCCAUGAAAAUACAUAUUUUAGUGAAACUUAAUAUACAAAUUAUUCCAACAGAAGCCCUCAAUAAACAAGUUUCCCAUGCAGGUUUUUGGGAUCUCCAACCAGGAGGCUUCAGAUAACAGGAAAGAGAAGGUAAGUCACUUCUAAAACAACAAUGUUUAUAAAUAAAUAUACAUGGUCAGAAAAUAUGUUCUGUAAUUUAUCAUGGUUAUUUUUAUUUCAAUAUUAACCACAACAUAUAGUUAUGUUUAUGGAACAAUUUGUUUAUGCAAACGGCUGUGCAUCUACAAGGGCCAAGAUAUCCUGUGGUGUUAUAAUUGGACCUUUUCUUAUAACUAAUCUAUAUCAAUGACCUUGCUGCUGUGUCUUCUACCAUACUUCCCAUUCUCUUUGCUGAUGAUACCAAUUACAUUUUAUCACAUACGAAUUUUGAUUCACUAAUUAAUUAAGCCAAUUCAGGUAUGGCCAAAUUUUCUGAAUGGUUCCAGAUAAACAAAUGAUCUUUAAAUGUUAAAAAAUCCAACAUUAUUUUAUUCACUAGUAAAAAUAAGAAAUAUUGUAAAGAAAAUAAAAAAGAGCUAGAAUCUCAGUUGGUGGGAAUGAAAUGGAACUAGUCACAUCCACUAGAUUCCUCAGAGUUCUAAUUGAUGAAAAGUUUUCCUGGAUCAUAUUCAAUUUGUCUGUAGCAAAGUGAUGAAAUCUCUCUCUCUCAUAUAUAAUCAAACAUGUUUUUUUCUUGUUUACUGAGUAUAUGGUGGUCCUCUGUAGCUCAGCUGGUAGAGCACGGCGCUUGUAACGCUAAGGUAGUGGGUUCAAUCCCCGGGACCACCCAUACACAAAAAAAAAAGUAUGCACGCAUGACUGUAAGUCGCUUUGGAUAAAAGCGUCUGCUAAAUGGCAUAUUAUUUAUUUAUGUACAAUUAUAAUUAAUAUGCUGUUUAACUGAUUUAAUAAAGAAAAAGGUUUUGUACUUAUAUUUGUGGUGUGGUUUUCAUAUCAGCCCUUUUGGGCUUCCAACCUCACCUGCACACAGUCUUUACCAGUUUAUUAUCUGUACUGUUUUGUCUUUCACUUUUCUUUGGCGUGAAUAAAAACAUCUACUCAAGCUUUUUUCUCAUUGCAGGUCAGUAUGGGUGACAUUUUUGUGUACCAGGGCAUCCACACCAUCGAGUACUGCCUUGGCUGCAUCUCCAACACAGCCUCCUACCUUCGCCUGUGGGCUCUCAGUCUAGCUCAUGCUGGUAGGGUAUUAUGCUGCACAACACUUUACCUCUUUGCAAUUAAAGUGUCCCACGCAUUAAAAGCUAUAUCCAUGUGGCUGUUAUGGUUAUGACCGUGCCUCUUCGACUUUCUGAUCCCCAAAAUGAAAAGGAUGACAUAAAAUGGUGGAGAGAAUAAACCUCAAUAACAAUCAUUCCAGGAGAAGAAUGUGGACCAAUGCUCUUAACCGCUAGGCUACCUGCCGUCACCUGUUAUGUUCAAAUUAAUUUAACUGUAUUCUAUGUUCCUGUGUAUGUUGUCUGUGUAGAGCUGUCUGAGGUGCUGUGGAAGAUGGUUCUGCAGGUGGCUCUGAGGGUUACCUCGGGGAUGGGCUCUGUUCUGCUGGCUGUGACCUUUGCUGUCUUCGCUGUCCUCACCGUCACCAUCCUCCUGGUCAUGGAGGGUCUUUCUGCCUUCCUCCACGCCCUACGGCUGCACUGGUAGGGACAAGCAACACAAACACGCAUGCAUCUAUGCACACACAAACGCGCACUCACACACCUGAUAUAGCUCACAUACAGACCUUGAGCUUAUUGACACAACUGAAGCGGCAAUGGCAGCAGUCAUUAAUCACAGUUGUUUCACCUAAUCUGAUGUAAAGAAUAUAACAAGAAGUGAAUUACACUUGAAUUAUAUUUCCAAAGGUUAUGUUUUUCUGUCAUUUGUCUUUUACAGGGUUGAAUUCCAAAACAAGUUCUACAAAGGAUCUGGGUACAAGUUCACACCGCUUUCCUUCGACAGGAUGCGAGACAUGCAG